GUUUGUUAUGCUUUGGUCUGUUUUUGAAGGUUCCGGAUUUCAAAACAAUGAGUCAUCCACAAACUACCAAAAUCAUUCGAGCUUUGAAUAAAAUUUAACAAUUUAAAAUUUCUUUAGUCUUUCAAGAUUUUAUGGCUUGUAACGGGUGUACAAAGAAGUUUGGACUGUUCUUGAAAGAGAACGGUUGUCCCUCUUGCAAAUACUCAUUCUGCUCCAAGUGCCUAAAAUUCCGGAUCAAAUUAAAUGGCAAAAAUAGGGACGUUUGUCUGCGCUGUUUCGAGUUUUCAAAACUGGAUACCAAUCCAAACGCCACCAAGAAUGUGACCGAAAAAAAUUCAUCAAUACUGGAUGCAACAAGUGCUGAAACUGUCCAGCUGCCGGAAGUGAUACAGCCAGUGAGCAGCUCGACUUCGCAGCCGGAUGCUGACGAUCUUAUUCGAGAACGGUUAGCGGCCUUGAAGGAUCCCCCAGCCGAGGAGGGAACCGCCAGUUCAAGUCCCACCACCAACCCAGAAUCUUCGCUCACGGAUAUCGAAAAGAGACUUGCCGCUCUGAAAGGCGUUGAGUACAAGGAUUAUUCCGAAGCGAAUAAAAAGUUCCUGCUGCAAAAGGACAAUCGCACCCAGGAGGAGCAAAUUCGCGAUCUGAUGAAGCAGUUUGCGGAGGAACAGGAAAUACACGAAACGGUCAGCGAGUAUCGGCUGGCGGCGGUUGACGACAUUGAAAAGCGACUGGCGGCGUUGAAGGGGGAACCGGGCGAUGCACCAAAGAAACCGAACGAAAUCCCGUCGGACGACGAGGAGGAAACCGAGGAAGAAGCUGCGCGAAAGCUUGCGGCACGGUUCCUCGAGGAGGCCGCAAUUGACGCGCAAAAUCCGGCCAAGGAAGACGGCGAGGACGAGGACGUUUUGAACAAUUUGGACAUUCCGAAGCCGUUGGACCCGGCGGAGAUCGAGGAGGAGCUGCCGUGGUGUACAAUCUGCAACGAGGAUGCCGUCGUGCGGUGUCUGAGCUGUGACGGGGAUUUGUUCUGCCGCGGGUGCUUCCGCGAAUGCCACGAGGACGAUGAAGACUAUCGUGCGCAUAAAACGAAACCGUACAAGAGGAAGUCGGUACUCGGGGAAAGCUAAUGGUUGAGUUUCGCUGUUUUUUUUUUACGUUGGACGGUAUUUUGUUGAUGAAUAAAUGGAUUUCGGAUAAAAAGCGCA